AUGGAUGCCUUUUUAGCUUACAUUCUCCCUCUUGUAGUCCUCCCUCUCUCCCUCUAUCUCGUCUUUCGUAAACGAGGUUCCGACGACUCGAAAGUGCCUCCGGGUUCAAAGGGAUGGCCAAUGCUAGGAGAGAAUAUGGAGUUUGCCUUACAAGGUCCUCAGAAAUUUGUUAAAGAUAGGAUGAGUAAGUACUCACCUGAGGUUUUUCGAACCUCGUUGUUGGGAGAGAAAAUGGCGAUAUUUUGUGGUGCACAAGGCAACAAGUUCCUGUUCACUAAUGAUAACAAACUUCUCACUUCAUGGUGGCCACAAUCAAUGAAAAAGGCCUUGCUAUUUCCCGAAUUCGUGGGAAGUAAUUUGAAGGAAGUAUCGGCUCUUAAGCGUAGCUUCCACCAUGACAUUCUCAAGCCCGAGGCUCUAAAGAAAUACAUACCGGUUAUGGAUGCACUCGCUCGUGAACACUUGGAUGCAGACUGGACCCCAAAUGGAGUGGUGAAAGUUUUCCCUUUGUCGAAAACAUACACAUUCGCCUUGGCAUGUAAAUUGUUCUUGAGUAUUACUGAUCCCGAUCACAUAAAAAGGUUGGCCGAUCCCUUCGCUCUUGUGACUAACGGAAUGUUCUCCGUGCCUAUUGAUUUGCCUGGCACAGCUUAUAACCGUGCAAUCAAAGGAGGUAAAAUGGUGCGAGACGAGCUUAUGAAAAUCAUCACGAAGAGAAGAAAGGAGAUAAUUGCUAACAACGAGACUGAAGGUCGAGACCUACUGUCUUGUAUGUUGCUCGUUAAAGACGAAGAUGGUCAGUUCUUGAGUGAAAUGGAGAUUUCGAAUAACAUAAUAGGUCUACUAGUGGCCAGUUUUGAAACAACUAGCUCCGCUGUCACUGCUGUCAUGAAUUACUUAGCAGAACUUCCACAUAUAUAUAAUGGUGUUCUCAAAGAACAAAUGGAGAUUGCAAAAUCGAAAGGUCCAGACGAGCUUUUAACAUGGGAGGAUAUCGAGAAGAUGAAGUACUCGUGGAAUGUGGCACGUGAAUCACUCCGAUUAACACCACCUGCUCAAGGAGCUUUUAGGGAAACCACCACUGACUUCACCUAUGCAGGUUUUACUGUCCCUAAAGGAUGGAAGACAUUUUGGACUGUCCAUACAACGCACAAGAAUCCAAAGUUCUUCCCUAAUCCCGAAAAGUUUGAUCCUUCAAGAUUCGAGGGUAGUGGACCAGCACCUUACACAUUUGUACCCUUCGGGGGAGGUCCUCGAAUGUGUCCCGGAAAAGAGUACGCUCGGCUCGAAGUACUUGUUUUUAUGCACAAUGUGGUGAGAAGGUUCAAACUCGAAAAGGCAAUUCCAAGCGAGAAAAUAAUUUUCUAUGCUUCUCCCACGCCAGAGCAUGGCCUUCCAGUUCGCCUCCAACCUCAUGAAAAAUAA